GAAAGCCGGUCCGCCAGGGCGCUGCAGUAGGCGGCGUCGGGGCCGCAGCUUCGACCCUUCGUGCGCCCCUAGCGCUAGGUCCUUGCGCCCUGGGCGCACGGUGGAGAGGGACCCAGAGCCGAUCACGGGGUCGCCAUGGAGCCUGUCCCCUCUGCGGGCGCCGAGCUACAGCCCCCGAUCCUCGCCAACGCCUCGGACGCCUUCCCCAGCGCCUUCCCCAGCGCCUUCCCCAGUGCGGGCGCCAAUGCGUCGGGGCAGCCGGGCGCACGGAGCGCCUCAUCCCUCGCCCUGGCUAUCGCCAUCACCGCGCUCUACUCGGCCGUGUGCGCAGUGGGGCUGCUGGGCAACGUGCUUGUCAUGUUUGGCAUCGUCCGGUACACGAAGUUGAAGACGGCCACCAACAUCUACAUCUUCAACCUGGCCUUGGCCGACGCACUGGCCACCAGCACGCUGCCCUUCCAGAGUGCCAAGUACCUGAUGGAGACGUGGCCCUUCGGGGAGCCGCUCUGCAAGGCCGUGCUCUCCAUCGACUACUACAACAUGUUCACCAGCAUCUUCACACUCACCAUGAUGAGCGUCGACCGCUACAUCGCCGUCUGCCACCCGGUCAAGGCCCUGGACUUUCGCACACCCGCAAAGGCCAAGCUGAUCAACAUCUGCAUCUGGGUCCUGGCCUCAGGUGUUGGUGUCCCCAUCAUGGUCAUGGCUGUGACCCGACCCCGGGAUGGGGCGGUGGUAUGCAUGCUCCAGUUCCCCAGCCCCAGCUGGUACUGGGACACGGUGACCAAGAUCUGCGUGUUCCUCUUCGCCUUCGUGGUGCCCAUCCUCAUCAUCACAGUGUGCUACGGCCUCAUGCUGCUGCGCCUGCGCAGCGUGCGCCUGCUGUCUGGCUCCAAGGAGAAGGACCGCUCCCUGCGGCGCAUCACGCGCAUGGUGCUGGUGGUAGUGGGCGCCUUCGUGGUCUGCUGGGCGCCCAUCCACAUCUUCGUCAUCGUCUGGACGCUGGUGGACAUCGACCGGCGCGACCCGCUAGUGGUGGCCGCGCUGCACCUGUGCAUCGCGCUGGGCUACGCCAACAGCAGCCUCAACCCCGUGCUCUACGCCUUCCUCGACGAGAACUUCAAGCGCUGCUUCCGUCAACUCUGCCGCACGCCCUGCGGCCGCCGGGAGCCUGGCAGCUUCAGCCGCGCUCGGGAAGCCACCGCUCGCGAGCGAGUCACCGCUUGCACGCAGUCGAUCGGCCCCGGCGGUGGCGCUGCUGCCUGA